ACUUCUUCAUGGACACCGUCGGAGACCCCUAACCUCCGACUGAAUCUGUUCCCGCCAUUUUUCUCUCAAUUCUCCAUUUUCGUUGCCCGGAAAUGCCGUUGAGAUACGGACAUGGACGGGGAGGCUAACCUUCCGCUUCCACCACCAACCAAUCUGGUGCGUCCGAUCUCAAAUCCGGAUUCCUCAUCCUCCACUUCUUCCUCUUCCUCCCCGCCGCACUUCCUCCGGCACGUCCAAGCUGCCUUUAAGCGCCACCGAGGUACAACGCAGAUAACUGGUAUAAGGCCCAGGCGUGUGGUGGUUCCGCAAGCUGAGGCUUCCAGAAUUUCCUGUUUGAAUGUGGUUCCUCAUGUUGAUGCUCACAAUUCCCGGGAUUGUGCUCCGUUGAGUCAUGGUCAUAUGAUGAAGGACUCAAUUUUGCAGCCAAAUAAUGCUGCCACUGGUGUUGCUGCUGGAUGCCAAGAAGUGGCAUCAGUUACUCAACCUUCCUUUGCAGGAAACAUCACCAGGUGCUUUGAUGAGAAUCUCAACUUGCUUGAUGUGCGGAGGGUUCAACCAAAGGCGCUUACUGACUUUAAAGAGAACAAUCCAAUUCCUUUGUCGCGUGUAGAAGCUCAGCACUGUAACCAGAGAAGAGUACAAUUUUCUACAGGACACAAGGCCAUUUCUCAGGAAAUGGAAUGGGAGGCAAGCAGUCAAAUUGAAGCAUCAACUGUUGUCAAUGGUGACUCAAAGAACCAGCACUGUCGAAGCAUGGCACCUGAAAUCAGUUUGAAGGCAGACAGUGGGAUUGCUUCACCCUUGGCUAAAGGGACAAGUGUUGUUCAGGAUCAGGUGCAUCACUUUAGAAACUUUUUGGGGCAACCUGUUACGCAAUCUUCAGUUCUGGGGUCAUCAUGUGCUACCACAACAUCUAUCCAUUCAACUUCAGCUCUGUUGAUGACACCAUAUGGUUCUCAAACUCAUCAAGAAGGCAGUUCUAAUAUGCCAAUAGAACCUGUCGGAAAUUUAAACUUAAUUGGUCAACCUGUAAAUCAAGGACAAGGGGAUAUGAUACAGCACUCAUUUCCUUCCCUUAAAGACACAAGUGAAAUGUUAGUUGAUCGGGUAACUGUUGCCGCUCAGACUUCUACCUCACAUGUGGAUACACAUAUGCAGGGUAAGGAAUUUGAUUUGUCCAGGGAACAACAAGGCAAUGUGACAAGGGAAACUGAACUUUCAAACAAUCCUUCUGCUCCUUCUGAUACCUCAAUCAAAGGGCAAGAUUUUUUACGGGAUGUUAAUAAUGCACAAUCUCAGGCUUCACUGUCAAAAAACUUGCCUUCAGAUGCAAAGUUGGAGCCCUCUAAAGCAGAAAAGCAAGAAAAAGUUCCAAGUAGUAAAGCAACAUCUGUGCCCCGUAAACGAAAUUAUGAUCCUGACCUGUUCUUUAAAGUCAAUGGGAAGCUCUAUCAAAGGCUUGGUAAGAUAGGCAGUGGAGGGAGCAGUGAGGUCCACAAAGUUAUUUCAUCGGAUUGUACUAUAUAUGCACUUAAGAAAAUCAAGCUUAAGGGUCGAGACUAUGCUACUGCAUUUGGAUUUUGCCAGGAAAUUGAGUAUUUAAACAAGUUGAAGGGAAAGAAUAACAUCAUACAGCUGAUAGACUAUGAGGUGACAGAUAAGAAUUUGCUCCGGGAAGUUGUGAGUGGCUCCUUGACUAAUAAAGAUGGCAGAGUCAAGGAUGAUGGAUACAUAUACAUGGUACUUGAAUACGGAGAAAUUGAUUUAGCUCACAUGCUGUCACAGAAACGGAAAGAAAUGGAUAGCUCCAAUCAGACCAUAGAUGAGAACUGGCUUCGGUUUUACUGGCAGCAAAUACUUGAAGCUGUUAACACCAUACACGAGGAACGGAUUGUGCACUCUGACUUGAAACCAGCUAAUUUCCUUCUUGUCAAAGGUUCUCUAAAGCUAAUUGAUUUUGGUAUUGCCAAAGCCAUCAUGAGUGAUACAACCAACAUCCAAAGGGACGCACAGGUAGGUACUUUGAGUUACAUGUCUCCAGAGGCAUUCAUGUGCAAUGAGAGUGAUGCAAACGGAAAUACCAUAAAAUGUGGUCGACCAUCAGAUAUUUGGUCCCUUGGCUGCAUACUUUAUCAGAUGGUUUAUGGAAGGACACCUUUUGCAGAGUACAAGACGUUCUGGUCCAAGUUCAAAGUCAUAACAGACCCAAACCAUGAAAUAACAUAUGGAUCAGUUUCCAACCCAUGGCUUCUUGAUCUUAUGAAAAAAUGUCUUGCAUGGGACCGCAACAAAAGGUGGAGGAUUCCACAGCUCCUUCAACAUCCUUUUCUUGUUCCUCCAGCAUCUUCAACUCAAGAUCAAAGCUGUCAGCUGCUCCAACUUGUAACCCAAUCUUGUGCCAAUGAUCAGGAAGCUUCCAUGCUAUGCUCUCAGCUCAACCAGCUACUCAGGGACCCUGAAUCACGGAUAACAUCUCAGUCAUUAACAUCACGGGAACAACAAUGUGAGUUGCUCUACCAAAUGUCAAAUCUUUGUUAUAAGCUCCAAGAACGCUUGGCCAAGUCAGUGUGAGUCUGCUUGCAAAUCUGUAUUGCAACUUCGAUGGGAUCUUUUUGGGGCUGCAAUGGGCUAUGCCUAACCGACGUCACCCUGUUCCAUACUUUUGUAACAAUAUAUGUAAUAUAUAUUUUUUGUUUUG